AUGAACCCAUUCAACUAUACGAUCGAUUUCCUGUUAAACCUGCCACCGCCAACGAUCCUAUCACAGCACAUUUUACCAUGGUUGUCGAAGAAUGGAUUCGUAAGCUCCCAAACUUUCAUCGACAACAUCCAUACCGCGAUCUACGUCGCCCUUUUCUACCAAUUGUGCUUCCUCGUGGCCAACAACAUCAUCUUUCCACCAUUGGCAUCGUUGACAGCUUCUCAAAAGCGAAGUAAAUUGGUGAACCAAAGUGCUGUGCACUUUGUUUCAGUCGUACAGACUAUCAUAGUACUUAAGUUAUCUUUUGAUAAUCUACUAUCGGACCAAUACCAUGCAAGAUUCUCAGAGCCAGCCUCACGUAUAUUUGGAGUGGAUCGUGAAACCAUGGCUGUAGCUACGUUUGCGCUAGGUUACUUCAUCUGGGAUAUCUACAUCUCUAUGAUCUACUCAACUUUCCCAUUCUUCGUCCAUGCUGUAGUAUCGACAAUUGUGUUUUGCAUUGGUAUGAAACCCUACAUUCAAUACUACGGAUGCGUUUUCCUAAUGUUUGAACUAUCAAACCCAUUUUUAAACAUCCGUUGGUUUGGUAUGAAAUAUUUAAGCGGAUCGAACGACAGCAAAGUGUCCCGGUGGAUCCAAUUGAUUAACAAUCUGUGUCUAAUGAUUGUGUUCUUUCUAGCAAGAAUAGUCUGGGGCUGGUGGCAGAUCAAGAACCUAGCGUACGAUUUCUGGCUUGUUCGUCACGACCCAAGAUUUCUACUGGGGGAAUCACUAGCGAUACUAGCGGGAAACUUUGUGCUAGACAUAUUGAACGUCGUCUGGUUCUCUACAAUGUGUAAAGUAGCUGUCAAGACUAUUAGAAAGGGUGCUAAGUAG